AUGGUGCAGAGACUUUUCUACAAGUCGUUCAGCGAGGCCGUCACCGAGUUCGAAAACGAGGGUCAUUUCGAUCCCGACGGUCACCUUCUAUGGGACGAAGACAAAAACGAAUUGUCAAGCAUCUCCGGCACAGGUAAAGUGCUGGCCGAUGAGACUGGCAUUGAGUACCACGGUCCUAAAAAGAGGGGAAGGACCGAAUACGUCGAUAGCCUCGACUACAAAGUCAUACCCGGAACCUGGCGACGUGGCCAGGCGUGCGUGUACAACAGGGAUUGCAUCGAGCGAAAUUACCGGUUUUGCCGGUGGAAGAAAGCCACAGGUACUCAAUAUCGAGAACAGAAAUAUGCCUUUCAAGACUCAACCAUUCCCAACUCGGGGCUGAAGCCUGUGCUUCAAGAGAUCUUAGGCCCGAGCUUCUGGCAAGACAACGUAGCGAAACCGCUCGAGGAAGCGGUCUGGCGGGGUGCUAUUUUGGAAUUAUGGUUCUAUAAUGCUACGGCUGCUCAGCAACAACAGGCAGCCGCAAAAGCUGCCACCGGAGGAAAGUCCAAGAAGCAGCUGCGAGAGGAAAAGCUGGCCGAGGAGAAAGCGGAGAAGAAGGCCAUCAAGGCCUCCGCAGCCAAGGGCCAGCCUGCCGCCAAGGACGCCAAGAAGAAUGACAAGAACGAGUUCCUAAUCGGCAUCCCGCUCACCACGCCCGUGGGCUGGAUAUACGACGGCCGCCCCAGCUCAUUCGAACGCGUUGCCAAGCCGGCGCCGGGCCGCACCACCGCGGCCGAGAAGUCCACCUCGAAGAACUUGGCCUGGCUCCAGUUCGAGAACAUGACAGGCACCAUCCCGACGUCCCGUAGAUCGCGGGCCUGUCACUUCCUGCCCGCUUCGGAGUCAGAGGCGGCGCGGGCUUCGACCUACGCGCGCGUACCCUGCUGGGUAAUGGAGUGGCGCACUGCUGUCGCUGCGCAAGCAAGAGGCUUCGUGCAACUGUGCGAGCCGGGUGAUCUAGCCACAGAGCACGUCACACUCGAUCACAAAAAGGGGCAAGGACUUCUCGUCAUCGGCAGCGGCGUCCUGCCGCAGGUUGGCAAGGGCGCCCUGGUGCAGUGA